AUGGAUUUUAAUGGUAAAGGACAUGAAAAAUAUGUACAAUCUUAUGGUUUAUUUAAGAAUCGACCACGAAUCAACUUCGUAAGGCCUCAAGAAGAGGAAACAACAAACCGAGAAAAAUAUGGAGAAAAAGAUUCCGUUUCAUCUUUUUAUUACUCAUUAUUCCCGGAAAAUGUGAAAGAUUUGGGUAAAAAUGCGACUACCGAUACACGUGGGUCAAUAUGUCCUACAUGUCAAAUAUUCAUUGAACCUGAGAAUCAAAUUAUGCACGCGAAAUCUGUAAGGCAUUUAUUAUCUGUAAAUCAUAUAGACAACAAAUUCCAACCUGGCCUCGUAAAGCCAGAAAGCCUUGGUUUUCGUGUCUUAUCUCAGUUUGGAUGGUCACCGAAAGGCGAUGUUUCUGGAUUGGGUGCUGAACAUCAAGGACGCCGUGCUCCUGUCCGUCAUACAAGAGUUAAAAAUGAUACUUUGGGGAUUGGAGUUCGAUUACGUUCCAACUUAUCGAAAAGCGUUUCUCGAAAAGGUAAGCGACAUUCUCAGUUUCAACACAAACGUGACAUCCGUCUAAAGCAAGCUUUGUUAAAACAUUUUUCUUCAAACAACUAA